UGGUGGGAGGUGUCCCUGCCCAUGGCAGGGCGUUGGGAACAGAUGGUUUUUAAGGUCCCUUCCAACCCAAACCAUUCUGUGAUUCUAACUCUUCCCCUGCAAACAUCUUGACAAUGGUUGAUUUCCAGCAAAAGAUUUUAAACUUGAUCAAAUGUUUCAGAAGACAAUGGCACUUAUUUUCAAACUCAGAAAGAACUACUGUAUGUGGAGCAGAUUGCAUGCUGAUGGUGUUACAACUGUCAAUGGCUGAAGUCAAUAAACAGCACCACGGAGAUUUCAUGGUAUCACUUAAUCAUGUGAUGGAAACUUGGAAAUAUUUGUUACACGACAAACUAGGAUUAUCACAUGAAAACAUGGAAGAACCAGAAAACUAUGCUGACGUUAAAAAAGCCUAUGAUACCUUCUUAGCAAGCAGCAAUAUGUUAGAUAUCAUAGAUGUAUGUCAGAAGUGCUAUGCUCUUGCACUUCUAUCUGAAGAGGAAAGCAUAGCCCCUGUUCAACUGCUGGAAUUUAUUUCUGGCAUAAUGAAUGUACCAGAAAAUAGUGGUUGUGUGCCUUCUACUCCUGCACCGGUCAACAGACAGGACCAGAGCAAUGCAAAGGUGAUGUUCAUGGCAAAGAAGUGUGUUUAUUCAUAUUUAAGCCUGGUGGUGAAUUCUAAGGAUGAUCUGGCAUUGGCUCAUAUUCUAAAUGUUCCUGACAGAGGACUUGGUAGAGAAGCCUUUACUAAACUAAAACAUGCCUCACAGGAGAGAAAAAUGUCCAUUUUCCUGAUGGCAACAUCUUUUAUCCGAACUGUAGAACUUGGAGGAAAAGGCUGUGCAGCUUCAUUAUUUGAUCCCUUAAGAGUCCAUGUAAAGGGACUUUCAAACUUUGUUAACUUUAUUGACAAGCUGGAAGAAAUUCUUGGUGAAAUCUUGGAUCCAAGAAUCGCAGGGGGGCGAAUUCUGUCAACAGUGAAGAUGCAUUUGAUAAAAGGCCGAAGCAAUGGGGAUCCUUUCUGUCAGUCAGUAGAGGAAGUUGUACAAGAUUUGGAUUUGAAGAUUAAAAAUAUUAUCGAUUCACAACAUGAAGUCUUGACUGCCAGCACCACUGGAGUUAGUCCAACACGGGGGCAGAAGAUAGAUGAUUGUAUCCUGAUGCCAGGAAAUAUGGAAAUACUUAAUUCCAUUAAGAACAGAAUGAAGCUAAUGUUUUCUCAAAAUGGGCAACUGUGGGCAGCUUAUGAACUUUAUGUUAAUCCAAAGCUGCAUUCCAUAAACCAUGGUACUGUGUAUUGUGGCAGAGAUACUGUGAAAGUCUUACUAGUUCUUCUGGAUGAAGAAGCAGUCAGUGCUCCUACUGAGAACAAAGAAUUAUUAUUAUGUGAUGAUGAAAACUUAAAUAUGUUUGGAAUCACCUCUGUUCUGACACUCUUCAGAUCUCCAGCACAGUCCGAUGGAUCUUCCCCAAAACCUCUUAGACAGCGUAUUCAGAAAUCUAUGGAUGAAAAAAUAAUUAAGAUGAAGCAAUCUUCGAUCAAAUCUCAGUUUGCAUGUACAUAUAAAAAUGAAUUGAGUGAGAUAGAGGGUCAUGGUUUCUUCAGCAGUAGCCAAAUGUCAACCUGUGAACAUCCUGCACCAAAGCAACAUUUACAAGAAGGUAUGAAUUCAUGUCUUGACAUACCAGUGCUUGGAACUAUUUCUGAAAAUGUUCAUCAGAAUAGAAAUUAUACAGAAAUGGGAAAACUGAGUUGUCGGCCAAGAAAAAAGAACUUCAGGAAUGAACAGAUGGAUUUGAAUAAUGACAAAGUUAUCUGUGAUGAGGAAAGUGAAUUAUCUUUGCCAAAAAAUGCUAAGAAACGUAAGACUUCAAACCACCCUCAGAAGAAAUUGGACAGCAAAAUUGAUGGAAAAAGAAAGAACAACAAAACUGCAAGCAAGAAUAAAUUGAUUGCUGGUCAGGCAAAAUUAACUCAAUUUUUUCGACUGUAAGUUUUUAUUUUGACAUACGUGGUCUGUUGACUCUUUCAGAAGUUGUAAAAUUUUGCAAGUGAAGGGUGAAAAUCAUGAAUUGCUUCCCUUUAUACUCAAAUAAGUGCAAAUAGCUUGUGUGUAAUAUUAGACAAAUAUUUACAAGUCUGGAUUAUGCAGAAGUAUUUUAUUUUUUUUGAUUACAGUACAACAGUAGUUACAACUAUGUUCUCUUUUCGGUAGUGAAUUACGUUUCCCUCUACAUUGUGAUGUAAAAGUAUUUUAGAUGCAUAUGUAUAGCGACACUAAAGCACAAUAACUUUUAAUCAUGUUAAAUUCAUAAUAAAAUGUUUAAUCUUUCUCAAAGAAGGUGGUGUAGGUCAGUCAUUUUCAGACUUGCCAACAAGGUCGAUAGACUCUUCCCAGCAUACACCUGAGCACUACAGGAAAAAUGUGGAAGUUUAAAACAUCAGAGAACUAGGAGUCUUUAUGGUCUCUGGAAAUAUUGUUAUUUUAACAAAUGCCUUUCAUACACCCAACCAAAUACAGCAGAAGUAAAUUGGAAAUGUGGGAUUUACUCAGCCCUAACAAAUCCCAAAUAUCCCAUGGAUUUUCUAAAUGAGUUGUUAUCAAAUGGCGUCAGAGACAUUGCACUAUACUUUACUAGAAAAAUAAUAUGUGUUAAAAAAUGAAAAUACACUUACUGUCAAAAUCUCUCCUUCCUAUAGGGAAUUUAGCUGAAUUUUCUUCAUCUGCAGUCUCUCUUUCCUGUAUUGAUUCAAUAUUCUGAAUUUCAGUGUCAGCUGGAAAAGCCAUGGCUCCCUUCAGUGCAAGAUAAGGUAGUUGCUUCCUGCCCACAUUGAUUGGCAUAGCAUGAUUUAAGAAAUCAUCUCUGGAGCCUGUGCCCUGUUUUAAGAGAAAACAAGAGUAACUGUUUGUCUUGAAAAAGAUAUAACCAGUUGUGUUGACUUUUUAAAUUAUCAAUACAAGUAUUUUAUCAUUCAACAUAACAUCUAAAAGCAAGUAAUGACCGGCAUUAUGUCUUUGGCUGAAACAGUUUUAUGGAAAAGUAUACUUUAAGAUAAUGUCUGUCAUAUUUGGUGAAGUUGGAAACCUGUUGCUGCAUAUAGUGAGAUACUGAAACAUAUGCUUUUUACCCACUAGUUUUGACUGCGUAUAUAUCUGCUAAAAUCUGGUUUUAUUUAUUUAUUUAUUUUAAUUCAAUUGCCCAGGUUAUGCAUUUAAAAGCUUGGAAUUAAGUAUUUGCAGUGUCUUGAGUGUAUUAUGCUUAGCUGUUGUUUUUUUCCUAUAUUCACCAGGUUAUUGCUUUAAAUUAUUGUAUUUGUCUUAUAAAGGGCUAUAAAGAGAAUUUCUGUUUUACACUUA